UUCCAAAGCACAACAAUGGCUGCUUCUCUACUCCAAAACCCUCUUAAAACCCCAUUUUCUGAACUCUCAAUCAAGAAGCAGAAACCCUGUUUCCUUAAGCCCCGUCAUUUAACCAUCACCGCCACACAUCCCCAACUCCAAGGCCGAAAACUCCGAGCCGCCGUGAUUGGUGGGGGUCCAGCAGGAUCUUCCGCCGCGGAAGCCCUGGCUUCAGGCGGAAUCGAAACCUUUCUCUUUGAACGCAGCCCUUCCACCGCCAAACCAUGCGGCGGCGCCAUCCCUCUCUGCAUGAUCGACGAAUUCUCCAUUCCUCUCCACCUCAUCGACCGCCACGUCACCAAGAUGAAAAUUAUCUCCCCCUCAAAUCUCACCGUCGAUUUUGGAUCCAAAUCCCUUCGCGCCCACGAAUUCAUCCCCAUGCUCCGUCGCGAAGUCCUCGACUCCUUCCUUCGGACCAGGGCCCAAUCCGCCGGGGCCCAAUUAAUCCCUUCCCUCGUGACCCAUCUCGAAAUCCCUUCUUCCCCAUUUUCUCCUUAUAUUGUCCACCACACCAUCAACAACUCUCGUAAAACCCUAGCCGUUGAUCUAAUCAUCGGCGCCGACGGAGCCAACAGCAAAGUGGCUAAAUUUAUAAAAGCCGGGAAUUACACCUGCGCAAUAGCAUUUCAAGAGCGAAUCAGAUUACCGGACGAGAAAAUGGAGUAUUACCAAAAUCUCGCGGAAAUGUACGUGGGAGAUGACGUGUCACCCGAUUUUUACGCAUGGGUUUUUCCUAAAUGUGACCACGUGGCAGUGGGGACGGGUACGGUGUGUGCGAAGCAGGAUAUCAAGUUAUACCAGAGAGGAAUAAAGGAAAGGGUUAAAAACAAGAUCAACGGUGGAAAAGUGAUCAAAGUGGAGGCCCACCCAAUCCCCGAACAUCCCCGACCAAUACGGGUACGAGGACGCGUGGCGCUGGUAGGAGAUGCGGCGGGGUAUGUUACCAAGUGUUCGGGUGAAGGGAUUUAUUUUGCAGCGAAAUCAGGCAGGAUGUGUGGGGAGGCAAUGGUAAGAGCAUCGGACGGUGGGGAAUCAAUGAUAAGUGAAGAUGAUUUGAAGAGGGAGUAUUUGCUCGAAUGGGAUGAGAAGUAUUUGAGUACAUUUAGGUUUUUGGAUUUGUUGCAAAGGGUGUUUUAUGGGAGCAAUGCAGCAAGGGAAGCAUUGGUGGAAGUUUGUGGGAGUGAGUAUGUGCAAAGGAUGACUUUUGAUAGUUACCUGUAUAAGAAGUUGGCUAAGGGAGACAGGUUGGAGGAUUUAAAGAUGGUUUUGGGUACCAUUGGGAGUCUGAUGAGAUGUAAGAUUGUUGGAAGACAUAUGGAAGCCUUGAAGUUGUAGAAAUUUUGGGCUUUUCAUUACAGCAAAAAAAAAAAAGGUAGCUUGUUUUGCUUGUAAUUUUCAAAUUGCAUGAAUUGUUUUUUAUAUUUUAAGUUGUAAGAGAUCAAUAUUCUAUCGACGGCUCAAGCAACUGAUGACGAAGUAGUUGAAAUAUCAUAA